CUAGUUAGGCGGGACCAUCUCGAACGUGAAGUAAACAAACCUAGGGAAGGAAAAUUUUAUUUUUUUGUAAAUAUAAUGGCCGGCUGAAUCCCAUAAACACUCAAAGGUCUAUGGUCUCACGGCAUUAAAGAAGAACUGAUUUAGCAUCCAGGGAUUGGCGUGGUCCUGCAUAGUGUCUCCUCUUUUCGAAUUCUCCAGAACAAAACAGAAUCGUGUUUUAAAACAAAAUGUCGCAAAAUACUUCAGAUAAGUCCGGGGCCAAAGGAGCGCAUGGAGGGAACACCGCUGAGCUGGACAUUACCGGAGACCUGGCCCACUUCAUAACGCUAUUUGCCCUGUUUAUCUACGCCUAUGCCCUGAUCGGAUGCUACAUCUUCAAACCCUCAUUCCUCCGUCAGCUCGCCUAUAUCUUUCAGUUCAUCCGAAUAUUAUUAACCUUCGGUAUCUUGCUGCCCUGUAUACUCCAUUGGCAAGCCACCUUCAUGUUCCCAGAAAUCACCAGCACGGAGUUCCCCUUCGUGGUCAUCGCGUUCCUGAUCCUCAACAUCUUCACGGCCGUCGUCGUUCGCAUGCUCCUCGACUACGCGUGGGUCUGCUACUCCUGUGGGGCCUACGACACGGGCAAGUUUAAGCGAGACGCCAACUUUGUCCGGGGGUGGAGAUGGAGUUGGUACCCGAAACCUUCCAAAAAACGCUGUUAAUUAUUUGAACAGACGUGAGGUCCCGCGAAUUCCUUUGCCACUAGCUAAAACGUGAUCAGUAAUUGUGGAAAUAAACUGGUAAUGCGGACUUUUAAUGUUUUGAAAAAAAACAACAUCAAAUAAUGAUUAGUCAAAAGAAAUUAGCAUGAAACAGCCGAGACUCACGUUUAUAAAAAUGAAUCUAUAAAUAAAAUGAUUG